AUACGAGUUAUAGGAGGGAUUUCGGCGUAAUACUUUCGCCGACCGAAUUGUCACAAAAAUACUCUUAGACCAAAAGCGGAAAGAUCCAGUUUUGUAUUCUAGUUACGUUUGAAGCGGGGUGACAUAAUUAGCGUAUGUGAUGUGGUUUAAAGAAUUGGUACUUCGAGUUGUUGGUGGGACUUGGGAGUUUUUAGUAAUAUGUGCACUCUGCGUCUAUUACUGUAUGGAAACGGUCCUGUUGACGAUAACACCGUCAUUUUUGAGAUGGCAAAAAAGUUUGAAAGGGAAGAGAAUUGUGAUUACUGGAGGAGCUGGAGGUGUUGGUCAGGAGUUGGCGCUUCAAUUAGGCCGACUGCAGGCGAAGGUGGUUGUAUGGGACACCAAUGAAAGAGCGGUUGAAGCACUGCGAUUGCGAUUUUACAAUGAGGGAAUGGAACUCCAGUCGUAUAUUGUGGACGUCACCGACCGACAUAGCGUCUACAAGCACGCAAAUUUGGUGAAAAGCGAUCUCGGCCCGGUUGACAUUCUCAUCAACAAUGCCGGCAUUGUAACCGGACGCACCUUUCUAGACAUACCGGACGACAUGGUUGAGAAAACCUUCCAAGUGAACGUCAUUUCGCAUUACUGGACCAUCAAGGCGUUUUUGAGCGAUAUGCUGAAGAGAGGCAAGGGCCAUGUCGUGUCUGUCGGAAGUCUAACGGGUAUGCUCGGUACUUAUAAAUGUACAGACUAUAGCGCGACCAAGUACGCCUUGCACGGUCUGCAUGAGAGUCUCCUAACCGAAUUGAAGACUCAUGGAUACGACAACAUUCACCUAACAUUAGUCAGUCCGUUCUUCAUCAACACUGGAAUGUUUGCAGGAUGCAAACCGCGUACGCUAUCCAUGCUGGAGCCUAAAAACGUCGCCACUCGCAUUAUUACAGCCAUUAGAAGGGAAGAAACAUUUCUUACGAUGCCCGCAAGUUACAGGUUUAUCAUACCGAUCAAAUUUUACGUACCUUCAAAACUAUGUUGGGCGGUUAUGUACCGUGUUAUACAGGGUCCGCAAAGUAUGAUGGGUUUGGUCGGUCGCCAAGAUACAACAGCUGCUUGAAGAAUUAGAGCACAGUCAUGUACCUACUAUAGUUUUAAUUUAUAUAACCCAAAUCCU